GAGAAAAGCACAGGGAUGAAUGAGGUGGCAUGGAAAUACCAAAUCCCGCCUAAACUAAACCCUGAACUCUCAUUUGGGAUGCAAUUGAAUUUCAAUUUCCCCCUCCUCCAACUUGAUAAUAUCUCCGCAUUUCGAGUUUCGGCCCCUCAUUCUCUCUAUUUCUAUCGCCCUUUUAUCCUGUCCCUCUCCCUCUCCCUCUCCCUCUCCCUCUCUUCCUUUAACCCUAACCCUACCUCGUCACCAGUAUUCAACAUGAAGGGAGGUAAAUCCAAGUCGGAUACCAAGAGCGCUAAUCUCUCCGUGAAUAAGAAACCAACCAAGAAGGCUGGAAAGAAAUCGGGGAAGGCAGCUAAGGAUCCAAACAAGCCAAAGAGGCCUGCUAGCGCCUUCUUCGUUUUCAUGGAGGAAUUCCGCGAGCAAUACAAGAAGGAGCAUCCUAAAAACAAAUCCGUUGCUGCAGUUGGCAAAGCUGGUGGAGAUAAAUGGAAGAGCCUGUCAGAAGCUGAAAAACGACCAUAUGUUGAAAAGGCAGAGAAGCGAAAGGUUGAGUAUGAAAAGAACAUGAAAGCCUACAAUAAGAGACAGGCCGAGGGUCCCAAAGAUGAUGAAGUAGAGUCUGAAAAGUCUGUCUCUGAGGUGAAUGAUGAAGAAGAAGAUGAUGAUGAAGGCAGUGGCGAUGAAGAUGAUGAUUAGGAAGAUCCAGGGAGGUAGCAUAAUCAAAGUAGGCCAUAAUAGUGUUUUAUCAUCUUAUGUUAAUGCUUUUAAAUGCACAUUUCGUUUAAGGAAAAUGUAACUCUGAAUCUUGUUUGUUUCCUUUGACAUCUUGAAAUUAAAAGUUGUAGAUGGGAAAUUUGAUGCUAUAUGUAUUUUACAUUCAAAGUCUUAAGAUAGGUUAAUCCUUUUGCUGAGAAUUUAGUCCCUCUUUUAUGACUU